AUAUGUUUUGUUAAUAUUUAUAGAAUGUUUAACUUUUAAAUAAAUAAGUGGUCCACGUUAUUAAACUAUUAACAAAGAAAGUGAAGUAUCAAUUAAUAGAAAUUCAAUACUAAUUAAAUGUCAGUAAAGCUUAUUAGUUUUUGAUUAAAAACGUUGAAUAACACCUUGUUUGAAACAUUGAAACGCAUUUUUUAUAUCGAUUCGUAUAUAAGUAGGUAACUUAAGAUAUUGGUACACAAUUUUUGUUGUGAACAGUGGACAUAAUAUUUGUCCUCGAGGCGUCAUCAUAAUCAGACGACAUCUAGAUAAAUGUUACUUUCAUCUGAAUACAUAAUGCAUUGUAUUAUACAAACAUUAUUAGCGUUUAAGUGCAGUGUAUUAGCUAAGUUUUAUCCUUUAACUGGAAUGGAGACAAAAACGGUUUUCCCGGCGUAAUGUCAGUCAAUAAGGUUUGUGCGUACACGAGUGUUAAAACUAACGGUAAGCCCUAGACAACGAGGAAGAAUUGGAAAGGUUGCAACACUGUUCCUACUGAACGUUAUGGCGUACGUCAUUCUAUGAUCGGCAAUCUAAACGUGUGAUUGAAACAGGUGAGUACACCGGAGACGAAGAAGAUUCGGGCCAACAGGUCAAUGGUUUGCGGUCGUAUGUUAAAACACAGUUACUGCUACCUGGAAGAAUUAAUCAGUCGCAGUCGUUAUUUUCAUGGUGACAAUUAUUACUGUCGAUCGAGACUAGUCAUCGUCGUCGGUUAAUUUUUUACACACGCUUCACACAUCAAGUCCCGGAAACGAGCAUUCAAAGCAUAACUAUUAUGUGUUUUUUCCACGUCUCAUCAAUUUCCAGCUAGCCGUGAGAAAAAGACUAGACUCACACUACGUUCCAGCUCCAGGGAAUUACAAAGUGACAAAAAAGAAAACAGGCCGAUACACAUAAUCACAUCACUGGACGGUGAAAAUACCUUUCAACCAUCGUCAUUGAUAACGAUAUCAAACCUGUUAAAACCAUGUGCUGAACAAAGCCACCUUCAUGAAGAGAUUCUAUUCUUUAUAAUAUCUAUGAUAAUAUUAGAUAAGCUUGAUCGACUUUAUUCCGAACGCUUCAGAUUAUUGCAAGUUGUACCCCUCGUUUCACCGAAUAAUGAAGAAUUUUCAUUAGAUACUGAUGUUCCUGAUCAUAUUUGUUCUAAUGCUGCUGAAAUGCCAGUUGAAGUCUCUUCAUCUUCACAACACGCCCCACCUAAAAUGUCUAGACCAGUAAAAAUACCGCGAAUUGCUUCCAAAAUACCGAUUAGGAUUUCAAGAAAUAAAAUCCCAAAGGAUAGUAAACCUACGACGAUAUCACAGCUAUUGAAAUCUACUUUAAGACUUAACGAUUCACCCGAUGUGAAUAAGCGUCCACGCACUGUACGAUUCAAUGAAGAUGUGUCAUUAUAUUGUUAUCACUCUCAAUCGCCCAUUGUACAUAAAAUACCCAACCGUAGACCUAAAAAAACAUUAAAAGUCCCCCUUUAAGGCUAUAAUGAUCCCCGUAAUAUGAAAUGUUUUAGCAAUGCUAUUCUUUUGUAUUAUUUUUAUUUAUUUAUUUUGUAAUAUUACAAUUGUUGUCUGAAUCGA